AUGUCUGAAAAAGAUAAAGAAGAAGUCAAUUCAUUUAAAGAGAGUGUCAAACAAAAGGCCUUAGAGUUGGUUUCACAACAAUUUCCGCAUAAAAUACUUAAUUUGGAUAUUAUUUCAAAUUCUGACGAAUUUUCUUUUAAUUCUGGUCUCAAAUCAUCGGAUAUUAAUAUUCCAAUUCCUGACCACAAAUCCAAAGAAUCGUCUGUCAAACAAAAAGCUAUGAAAAAUGGAGAAAAGUCUUCAAAGAAAAUGAAUGUAUUUAUGGAUUCAGACGAUGACGACGAUCUCAUUAUUGCAAAAGCAUUUCUGUUUCCAAACGGCGCCGUCGAGUCUAACAAUUGUUUUACAAAAAUGAUGGAAACAGUAAAGUCACGAAUGAUUGAGUUGACAGAAGAUAUUCUUCUGUUAAAACUAGGGAUCAGUUUAAUGGUUCCUAAAAUAGAAGAUGGAAACAACUUCGGCGUUGAGGUACAACAGGAAACCAUUGAAGCCAUAAAUAGUGUUGAGACUGAAGUGCUCAACAAAUUUGACUCAUUUGAAAAUUAUUACGAAGCAAGAGGUGAUCUGAUCGCCAAAGUGGCCAAAUAUCCGCACGACCAGGACUUUCGAGUCGCUAUUCAAGAAUGCGACCAAAGAUUCCACUUAAAUCUUUGUCUCACAUUGACUGAUAUCCGCAACCAUUACAUCAAUCUUCAUGAUUUGGUCACCAAAAAUAUUAACAAAAUAAAAAAUCCGAGGACUCAGGACAACAAAGAUUUCUUGUAUUAA